AUGCCAAAGUACUUUAGUUUAAAUUCCAAAGAAGAAAAGAAUUGUGGUCCGGUUUUUCUGAAACAAAAACAACGUGAAGUCAAGCCAAAAUCAGUUAUUGAUAAAAUGUGUGGUCAAGUCUCCUGUAUUUGCAAAAAAGAAACAUUCAAAAAGAGAAAUGAUUAUUUGGAAUAUUACUUUUUCAAUCCAGUUGUUCAAGAUGAUAAACCUGAUAAACCAGAAAUAAAACCAUUCUUAUCAUCCAAUGAACUUAAUAUUGAAACCGAACGUGAAGAUAAUUUAUGUGAAGAUUGGGUUUCCGGAAGACGUUUUUACGAUUUCUUGUUACCUUUGAAACGAAAAAACAUGAAGAGUGACGCUUCCAAACAAUUAUCUUAUAUUAAAUAUGAACAAUUAAGACAAAAGAAAAUUCAUUUGGAAUUUUUACAAGAGGAAUUUUACGAUAAAGCAGGUUAUGACGUUCAUCUAAUCAUAAGUCAACUUUGUUAUGAUCAACAAAUGAAGGAUUGUGAAAUUGGGGAAGACCAUGAAGAUAACUUGGAUUUACAAUAG